UUAACGUACUUCAGGGUAUUUUUGAAUGGAUCACGAGAUGCGAAAUAAAUCUUAAAUUUAAUAAUACAGUAAAAAUAUAUUUAUCAUUACGUAUGUUUCGCUCGUGAAACAUUCUUUCAACGGGCAAUAAUAAGAGCCACCAAACUGGUGUCUCAAGUGUAUUUUGAUUCGAAUUCAAAAUUAUUACGAUUCAAGCAACGAAACAUAACCUCAUUUAAAGCGCUUAAAAUACAGUUUAUAUAAAUGUUUUCUGGCCUCAACGUGAUUCGUAAAUCAUUGUUUGAAACAUGAAAGAGCUGGAGGAUACGCAUUGUGAGGUUCGUAAAAUAAUAGAAAUCCAAGCAUCGAUAUGGGAUGGCCUUAACACGUCAGGUGGAGAUGAUUUUGGACAGUCAGCAAGAUCCCCUGCCUCCAGAAGCUCAGAUAUUCCCCUCGGAGGCUUUUUGGAAGAUGCGAAUCACGCAUGGCUGAGUAAUGGUCCACGGCUUGUUGUAAUCAACACAAAAACAGGAGAAAACAUUAGCUCGUGGACCUUCUGUCAGAAAGUGACGGCUGUUGCACAAUUUCCCAAGCAGCCUGGGGACGUUUUAUUGCUCUUAGUCGGACUGGACAAUGGCGCGAAUAGGGUUAAAGAUUCUACAGGAAUGCUGUGCAUUUUUGACUGCUCCACAUCCAGAGUUCUCAGAUCAAUAAAGAUGCCUGCAGGUAUAGAGCAGGUGUGCGUGAUGAACGGAGGUGCAGAGUGGGAAGACUUCAAUGAGAAAAGAACACAUGGCAUGUUGAGCAACAGUUCCGGAAUCGCGUGUGUCGCUUUGCGCAAUCUUUAUCAUAUUGUUCUGGAUUUGCGCCGUGUAUUGUGGGACGGAGAUGUAUCUUACCUGACAACUAAUGAACUAUCGCCAACUGAAAUUGAAUUAUCUGAAGACAGGUAUUCAUUCGAUUCGAAACAACGUUGUGAUAGGGGAAAGCACAGAGCAUACAACUUGCUCAAUCCUGGCAUUGAAGAAUUUAUAAGAUUCAAUCGAGAGGAGUUUGAAUCAUCACCUCUGUAUGAUGAGAAUCUUACCACGACACUAAUCUAUGCAAAGAAGAUUGGCUGUGUGAUAUCUGGAUGUUUAGGGAGAAUCAUAAUUUGGCAAAACGAUGGUUCGGUUGGUUGGAUAAGUGCUUCUGCUAAAAAUAGUAUGGCGAUCGGUCAUUUAGCUCUACUUGAGCCAGCCGACGAUCCGAGACCAUUUUACUACCUGUGGGUUGCAUACCAGGAAGAAACUUUUGAAACAGCUCCUAUUCUAAAGAUGUAUGCACUGCUCAUCGAAAGAAGGUAUUGUGACAAGGAAAGCAAUUUGCAUUUCAAGAUAGAAGGUGAACCUAGUCUGAAAUUUGAGCUACAACUAGAACCUGUUGACAAAAUAACGAAUUUGGUUUCAAUGGAAAGAACGAACAACUAUGAGCAAAGUGAACCGACCAGUAAGAAAGAAGAUGCGAGCUUAUUGCUCAUUGGAUUGAGCGGGAAAGCCUUAUUAUUCGAUUUAAAUCAGUGGUACAGAGAACAUUUACCACGAAACAUUCAUAACUGUCAGAACCCAAAUACUUUCCUGUGUUAUUAUCAGAUGAAAUCAGAGACGUUUAAUAUUGCUAACGAUAUUGUUUUAAGCUGUGCUUACUCUCCUUUAACGUUAAGAGAGUUUCCUAACAAUGGAGGAAAUUCUCUGGAUGAGCUAUUCUACCCCAAAUCUCUAUGUCUUGAUUGGGUGGAACUCACAAAUAGCCACCUAAGAAUUUGGAUGACCAGAGGCUUGCAGUGGGAAUUACUACGAGACAUGGCCAUUGCUGGUCCUAGCAUUUUGAUACAACCCUCAGAAACAUUUCAUAGGUGCCUUGCUGCUGGAUUAGUCCCGUUCAACACCGACUGCUCUUUUGACUGCGAUCAAAAUGCUCAAAGAGAAAUGCUCCUUUCUCUCUGCCUGGAGCAAAGAUGGGCAUCAUUCCUAAUCAAAUGUGCCAAGGAAUGGGAGGAUGGAAGCGUAUCAUAUUUAUUUCCUAUGUUUUUGAGGUGGGGAGCUCAGAGGGCUUCUUCUCUAAAAAUGGUAGCUGAUCAGCUAUGCAUUCCACUGUUUGACCAAUCCGGUUCAACAAUCGGAGACAAAGAAAUCAAAUUGUUACGGUUUUGUUCACAACAACUUGAAUGCUUAUCAAACGUAGUCGCCAGAUUACCCAUCGCUUCAGACGAUCUUGUGAAGCAACAGAGAGCCUUACACCGCGUCGCUACUCAUCUAGGAGUUCUUCUUUGGUUUUAUGAUGUCGGACUACUACCUGAAACACAUGAAGUCAAUGAGGAACCUUUGCCGAUCACAUUCUCGCUCCAAAUACCAUAUCCAUAUGAGAGAUUAGCAACCAUUUAUAAAAACAAACGCCAACAAAUUAGAGAGAUUACUAGUAGCUCUGGAGAUCGUAAGGAAGAAUUAUUCAUCGACGAAUUAAUGACACAGGAGUGUCAGACAUUAAGAUUACAAUGGGAACGCGAAGGCGGGGAUAUUACCACAGGAGGAUAUUAUCCUCCUCCAUCCUUACAAUCGCUUUUGAGAAGUUAUCUCUUUGACUGCUAUAAUCAGAAUGGUUCUGACGAAAUGGAGAACAAGCAUCAAAUUACGAUUUAUUUGCUAAUGGAUCUGGUUAAACUUUUACAAGGUUCUUGCCCCGAUGUUGAUCAGUUAAUAAAGUACCCAUCAGCUUUCAAGAUGAGUCCGAGUCUCAUAAAAUUAACACAAGCCUUCUGGUUACUCGAUCAUGAAGACUAUCAAGGGUUCUUGGACACUCUGACCGGGCAAUUGGUAUCAGAUUCAGAUGUUAAAGAGUGGCAUCACAAACUUGUAAUAAGAACAUUGAUGCGUAAUAACGAAUACAAAGUAGCAUUGAUUUAUUUGCGAAUAAGAAAACCGCCUCUGUCAGCAAUUUGUGAUCAGAGUACCAGCAUCAGUCUCUCAGUCGAAUGUGGUUUGGUUCAAACAGCUUUUCACCAAAGACCACAGUCACACUAUAGACAACUGUUAACUUGCUUUUUUCAAGCAUGUAAAGCCUGUGGUAAAUUGAAUGAGAUUCUACAGCUUGCUUUGGAUCCUGAAGAGGAAGAAGCCUUUGUAAAAUUCCUUGAGGAAAAUAAGUUGGAAGAAACUCGUUUGUUGUACUAUCUACAAAGGUGUCGUUACACCGAAGCAGGAAGUGCUCAACAGUUUAGUCUCUCUAAAAUUCAUUUCAAAAAUAUUCAGUCGGCUCCUUUAACAAUGGUUCAUGCUUAUAAUGAUACACUACCCGAUGUAACAAAGGCUCUGUCAUUGAAUUCGGGCAGAAAAUUCUUAGACGAGAACCCAUUACCUAAACACCUAAGGCCAAUGUCGCACAAACAGAGCUCCGGCAGGAGUCACAGAGUUUUCGAAACUGUUCUUGAAAAGAUCAAAGAGACCUAUGUCAGGAGAGAUAAUUGUCAAAUUCCAUUUAUAAGUGCGCCAUGUACUUCUCUAAGAUUGAAGAGCAUGAAGACAAACUCCAGCUGUGUUCUGUUUCCUACGCUAGCGCCAAAAACAUCAGGGAAAAGACCUCGGAAUCAAAUGACAGAGGACGAAGUACAGCCGCUCAGCGCUGAGAAGAAUAAACGAAGAAAAUUAUCAGAGGAAACAGAUACCCCUUCUAAAUCUAGUACGAGUAUCCUAAGCGCGGGUGUUGCAUUAGAAACACCUUUAAUUAAAAGAAAGAAACCCUUAUCUUUUAAGAUGGAACAUGAUAUGGAAACACCGCAUUCUAUAUUAAAAAUUCGUCAACUGAUACAAAGCUCUACAUCGCCACCAACCUUAACUCGAGAUUCACUCAACCAGCAGCAAGAUGACUUGUUCAAACAACAAGAACUAAAACCUACCAGACAAAUUCGUUUUAGUAUCGGACAACCACUCAAUGAUUCUAGUCACGAGGAGGCAGCUAUUGAGUCAUCGAAUGUCACUGAUAAAGAUAACACAUCGGAAAUAAGUGAGGAAGUAUUUUACAGUCCCAAUGCCAGUGGCAAAUCUCAGAGUGCUGAUAGCAGUCACAGUAUAAUGAGUAUAAAAGGACCUCGUGCUCGACCUAGUCUAAGGAGAAGUGGUCAUUUAUCUUCAAGUGAAUCACUGAUCGAGUCCAGAGAUCCUUUAAAUAAAACAGACCUCAAGGCUAGACCGUCCAACCACUCACUCAUCGAACAAUCAUCACUGGCUGCUACUCCGAUCGCUCUGCCUCGAAAAUCUAUUUCAUCAGUAUCAGAUCACCUAAAACUUGCAGAACGCUCUCGGCAACUCCGUUACUCUGUGUCUCCGAUCACGCCAUAUUCCGCUUUAAACGAGUCAAGAUAUUCAUCCAGCAUAUUGUCGUCAGACAGCAGCUCUCUUUCAACACCUGCAGUUACUUCCAAUGAUGGUAAUUCCAAUUUGCGCGCACGGAUUGGAAGUGGCAUAGAGAAAUCAAGUAUCUAUAGCAAUACAGGAGAAUACAAGUAUCACACGGCCGGAAGAAAUCGAAUGUCUAUGGAAACGACUGAAUCUAGAACUGUAACUCGUUCUCUCUUAUCGAAAACUGUUAUCACAGAACAGCUUGAUGUUAAUGAUGAUGAUGAUGAUGAUAAAGGAGAUGAAAACGUUGUAGUGGAAGUUGAUGACUUUGGACUAGAUCACGAGCCUGAAGUAUGCUUUGUAGUUAAUAAGCUAGCCGAGGAAUAUUCACCUGAUCAUCAAGAGAAUGAUCAGAUAUCAAAUGAGAAGGUUGAUUCAGAGGAAUACAACAAUGCAUUCAAGGCUAGUGGUACUAUGAUUUCAAAAACUUACGAACAGACGAAACAUCAAAGUAAUGAGGAAAAAUUAGGAGAUCAGGACAUGCAUUUUUCUCAAAAUAGUGAAGAAUCUGAAACCAGUGAUGGUGGUAAUGAUCAUCCAGGAGACCUCGACAAUGAUACGGAUGAUUACGAACCAGAAUUAACUGCUUUGAAAGAAAGAGGAGAAGACGAAGAGAAUGCAGAAUGCUUCCAAAGUUUAACGAAUUCUGCUGCCAGUUUCAGGGAACCAUCUGAGAAUGAAAUAUUUAUAAAUGCUCUUCCAGUAUACGAAUCACGAGGCCAAGACGAAGACAGCGGGUUACAGGGACUAUCAAAACCCUCAUUAAUUGAAAAUUCCAAUAUUACUGAGGAUGAAUCAUCUAACGAUAUAACUGAAGUAAGCCAUAAAGUUGUAAAUAAAUCACACUCGAAACCAAAUAAUUGGGAAUUUUUGGCUACCUCUCAUACAAACGCCAAAGAAUUUUCAUUAUCUGUGCCGAACAAAGAUAUGAACGAUUCUAACUUUACUGAGGAUGAAUCUGUCAGUAGCAUCGAACACUUUGAAUUGAUUGCUGAUGAUUCGGAAAUGGAAGAAGAAUGCGACCAAGACUUGACUAAGAAGAAGCGUCUUGUGACAACGAAUGGUGAACGAGGAACUCAACCGACAGAACAAGUUGCUGAUGGUUUUAUAUCUGACUCACUUGUUCAAAAUCCAGGAUAUGACACCAAAAGGUUUGACAACAAUAAGAAACCUACAGAACUUGAAAACCCAGCUAAUCUUAGUGAAACUGAUAGUGCGGUGUCAACAGUCCUUGCAACUGAUAUACCGUCAUCGUCAGGUGCGGAAAGUCCAAGACAUUCUUCGCCAAAUACAUCCAACCAAAAAGGUAAGACUUCUGAAAAUAAAGAUAGAGAAAAAUCGAAAAGUCCAAGACCUGUGCGGAUGACCAGGGCUCGAAGAGCAUCGUCAGUAACGAAAGAGGUGUUAGCGUCAACUGGAAACACUUUAAAUUUGAAAACACCUCUUGAUGUGAUAGAAUCUUCGGAUAACUUUACCAAAUUAGUUGAUGAAUCUGUAAAUGAAACUCAGUCCAUAAGUACAAGAAAAGGGAAAAGAAGAUCAGCUUCAGUAGACAAAGAAUUACUAUCAUUGUCAAGGAAUGUGGAAGAAAUUCAAACCGGUAAGCCUGAGAUAGCAUUGCGGAGAAGUUCGAGACGCGCUGCAUCAGCACAAAGAGAAAUGCCAACCAUCUCAGAAAUUUCUCAUGAUAGUCUUAAAAAUUCUACCCUUACUUCGAUAUCUGAGACAGAUUUCAGUAACGAUUCUGAACCAAUUAGCAAGAAACCUCAAAGGUCGCGUAAGGUGAGCCAUACUAGUCAGGAUCUUGACGUUAGUUUAACCACCAGAACGAGAAGAAGCGUGUCGGUGGCUAAGGAAACAGCACCGGAAAGUCAAGGUACAAGUAAAACAACAAGGAAACGUGGUAAUUCUGUACCUAAAGAAAUAUUAGAAACAUCAAGAACCAGACGAGCUUCAUCUCUGGCCAAAGAUAUAAUCACUGAAGAAACGACCAAGUCACCCGCUGGAAAUAAACGGCCAAAAUCAUCACUGCUAGUUCGAAGUACUGAAGAGUCAGCUCUUAACAGUCCAGCAAAAAAUACUAGAAGUCGCCGUACACUUUCCCAAUCCAUUCCAGAAGAGAAAGACGAGGAAAUGUCAAAUGUUCAAACUAGAGGGAGAUCGUCAUCAAAUGCUUCAGACGUUUCAACACAGAAGAAAUCAAAAGAGAGGAGAGCAGCUAGCUUGGAACCGUCCAAGUCAGAAGUGAAAAAACGGACUCGAAGUACCCUUGCCAAAACUGUUGUUUCAGAGGAAACAAUAAACGAGGAACCUGCUGAGGAUACUGAAGAGGGUAAGGCUGAAACAACUAAAAAAACUAGCCGGAAAAGAACGGAUUCGGCAACAAGCAUUUCUAGUGACAGCAACAUGGAAAAGUUGAGAGGUGGAAGAAAAGCUCGAUCCAAAAGUAGCAAUAGCGAUGUUUUCCUCUUUUCUCCACCAGAUGUUACAUCUGAUCCACCAAGUAGUCAAAAAGACAUCGAACAAGUUCCGCCAUACGUUUUUUCACCCCCGCAUACAAGAUCAAGACAACCAGUACUCAGCCAGCUCCGUAGAAAAAUGAAAAACUUUCUGUCACCGUUAACCACAGAGGAAAAAUCUUCUACAGCUCACAGGGAUCGUAGAACCAAGCGUAAAACAUUUCAAUACACUACCCAAAGGACACUGUUUGUAUAUCCGAGAAGAACAAGAAAGCCAUCAACUGAGUAAAAUAAACUUAUAUUUCUAAAUCCCAUGCUUGGCCUUAAGCUGAGCCUUUAGUUAUCAAUCAAUUAUCCAAGGUAUGACCGACAGUAGAUAGAGAUAGCAAUUUGUGGAAGAUUCACAUGAUUUUUUCAAAACCUGUGAAUAUACAUGUAUAUUAUAUUGCAAAAAACUUUAAAUUCAGGAAUAAAGUUAAAUUCAUAGGUACUUGAAAGUCAGCUCUGAACUCAUCGGAAAUAGUUCAAGAGAGUUCAGAUCAAUCUGAAGUGACAACCUGGUGUUUUUUUUUUUACCUGUAAUUAAAGCAAGACUAGUUUAAGUGUUUUUACUAUAUGAAAAACAAACUUAAAAAUGUACAUUGAGAACGCAUUAAAGUAAAUCUAUCAAAAUUGUUUCAUGUUUACUGCUACGAUAAUAAUUACCAUUUUUUAAUGGAACCCUUCUACAUAGUGGAAAACAUUUGAAAUUUCGAAACAAAGACGUCAUGUUGGAAUUGCACAUGAAGUAAGAAUAUAUUUAUAUCUACUAGUUGGAUAGAUAUUUACUAUGUUGAAUUUGGAUCAAAUCCGCCAUUGUUCAUAGCUAAUUGAAAAAGUUAUGUAUUUCCUCAAUCGAUGCUCUAGUCUAUAUAACUGCAAUCUUGUUAAUAUACAAAAUUAUAUGACGAGAAAAGA